AUGAAUUUCUUUAACGAAAAUAAAAAUAAUUCAACUAUAUUUUCUACAAAUAAUUCUUUAUCAAAUUAUCGAAGAUGUACACCUUGUUAUCCAUAUGAUGCUAAAAAUUUAUUUUAUCCAAAAUUUAAUAAUUUUUCUACUAUUGAAAGUGAUUUUAAAGAAAAUAAUUUAAUAAAAAAUCCAGAUACAUGUUGUUUAAAUAAACUACAAGUUGAUUGUCGUAUUCAAUGUUAUAAAAAGAAAAAAAAACAUAAUAAAUUAUUGCAUAAUAAACGACAUAAUUCAAUACAUUCAUCUCAAAGUUUAAAGCGAAGUAUUUCAUUAUCAAGUCAAUUAAGUCAAAAUCAAAAACAAAAAAAAUUUGAUUCAACUACGAAUAUAAACAGUCAUUAUAUUCAUAAUUAUGAUAUUGAUAGUCAAACAUCUUCUUCAAUACUUUCAACAUUAUCAAAUACAAAUGAAAGUGAUAUAACCGAACAAACAUUUUCUUCUAUGGAAGCAGAAAAAAAAUAUAAGAAUAAAUCUGCAAAUGCACAACAACAUUAUAAAAGAAGCCAAUCAAGAUUGCAUAUAAAUCAAAAUAUUCAAGAUUUAAAAAGUUCAAUUGAUAAUCUGAUUGAAUUAAUUGUUCAACAAAAAAAUCCUUGUCAAAUAUCUUCAUUACCUAAUCAAUCAAUUUCAUUUCUUGAUAAAAUACGUCGUUUUUUUACUUUCUUUAAAUCAUCAUCAAAAUCAACAAAAGAUUUAAUCAAUGAAGAGUGUUGUCAAAUUCUUGAAUAUCAUCAUUUAACGAAACAAAAUCUUCUUAGUAUUUAUCAUUUAUUUGAUAAAAAUGAAACGAUAUUUUUAAAUUGGUUACGAAAAAUCAUGCCUGACUAUAUUCUUCCAUUAUUACUUAACUAUGUUAAAUAUUUUGAUUCGAUAUCAACUGAUAACGAAUAA